UAGAAACAGACCAUACUACCAACCAUCCGACAUGUUGUGUCUGUUGAUCCUAAUUUUAAGCCUCAUAAAUAGAGCUUAUCUUUCAGAAAUUGUAGCACAAGGAGACACAGUUGUUGUGUUUGGUCAGGAUGCUUCAUUCUCCUGUACGCUGUCAGACGCGUCUAAUGUCAAACAAGUCACAUGGCAGCGGGUACGUGACCAGGAACCGGUACAAACUCUGGCUACAUUCAGCGAGCUCUUCAAGGAUCAUGUGGAUGAUCGAUAUGUCGGAAAAGUCACUUUCACCGCGGCGUCAGUUAAUUCAACAUCCAUCGAGAUCAAAAACGCAACAUUUGAAGACGAGGCUUGCUAUAUUUGUUCCUUCAAAGUGUAUCCAUUCCAACCUAAACGACAAACCUUGUGCCUCGCCGUUAAAGGUAUUUCAGAAAUAACAGCAUCAGUGAAUCCUGCGCUCAGUUCUGAUCCAGAUGUUGUAGUCUCAUGUUCAGCCACUGGUAAACCAACUCCAACUAUCCACUGGAAAUCUGCAGAGAAAGAGCUGAACAACUUUAGGUUAAGUAAUUCCACAACACUCAACAAAGACAGCUCAACCACCAUUACAAGCAACCUCACGCUUCCGCUGUCACAGUUUCAUGGGAAGUACGUGGAAUGUGUGGCUCAGAGUGACAGCAUGGAGAACAGCGUCCAAAUCUAUGUGCCUGAAGUAGAAUAUAAAGGCAUCUUGAUUUGA